AUGAGAGUUUUCGCCCUACGUGCUCAUAAAUCACCAAUUACAUAUAUAUUACCACUAUCUGAAGACUAUAUACUUACUUCAGACCAGUCGGGUGUGAUCAUAAAAUGGAAUUUACCCACCAAACGACCGGCUCUCACAUGGACUGCUCAUACUGAUUCAGUUUUGACAAUGUUGAAAUGGCAUCUUUACAUCAUAACCCAUUCACGAGACUCAACAAUCAAGAUUUGGCUAGAAGAUAAACUACAGUACGAGUUUCCCGUCAAUGCAUUGAAUUUUUCCAACGUUGUACUCUUUCAGGAUCGUUACUUGAUCACACCAGCCACCACCGACUCAAACAACAUUGAUAUUUAUCGACUCAAUGAUGGUCCUAUAAGUAUCACGCGUGAAGUAGCAAAUUUCUCACCUUAUGACUUAGUGCACAACUUGAAAUUUGAUGAUAUUCAAGGGAGGAAGGACUUUGGCAUCAUCAUGAAGAUGUUCAUCAUUGAUAAUGUGCUUUACAUCGGAUUUGAAUCAGGAGACAUAAUAGGGUUAAACAUCACUCUACCUCAACCUUCCAUUACUCAAAGCGUGACCUCAACACUGAUCAUAAACAAAGACGUUAAACUUAGACUCCAGUAUCACAAUUCAUCACAUGUUCCUAACCCAAUUAUAUCUCUAGCCGCCAUGAACAGUACUUUAGUGUCAGGAUCAACUGGUAAAAAAGUAAUAACUCAUAGCGACCCUAUAAAGGUUUGCAAGUUGAAUGAAUCCGGUAUCCAAUCUAUAGUCCCACAUGGCGAGCAUCUCAUUGUCGGUUUCUGGAAUGGCAUUAUUGAGCUGGAAAACGAAAUUAUCCAGCGGUCUCUACCUCAUCUAGAUGCUGAGGAGAUGAAAACCACCGUGAAAUUAAGCUAUAUGUGCAUGCUUCCAAAGCCCGAGUCGCGGGAUGUCCAGAAAUACUCUACGUUGAUAAGGCGAAAGAAGUAUAGAGACUUGUUGUUGGUGGGUUAUGAAGAUGGAACAGUUGUGGGGUAUACCGUCAAUUAG